AUGGGUGGGAGGAAUGAAACCAGUCUCAUGUAUUUCAUUCUCCUGGGUUUUCCCACCAAUGCUGAACUGCAGCUGCUCCUCUUCUCUGCUUUACUUCUGGCCUAUUUAUUAACUGUGUUGGAAAACUUCCUUGUCAUUCUCAUCAUCCAAACUAACCACAGUCUGCAAAAACCCAUGUAUUUCUUCCUAGGAAAUCUGUCUUUCUUAGAGAUCUGGUAUGUUUCUGUCAUUGAGCCAAAGAUGCUCAUAGAUUUCCUCUCUGAAGACAAAUAUAUCUCAUUCCAGGGGUGCAUGACACAGUUGUAUUUCUUUGUAACUUUUGUUUGUACUGAGUAUAUUCUGUUAGCUGUUAUGGCCUAUGACCGCUUCUUGGCCAUAUGCAAACCUCUGCGAUAUUCACUCAUCAUGAAUCAUCAGUUGUGUGCUCAGCUGACAGCUGGCUGUUGGAUGUGUGGUUUGACCACUUCUUCCAUCAAGCUGAGCUUUAUAGCCCAGCUCUCAUUCUGUGAUGUAGACAAAAUCAAUCACUAUUUCUGUGAUAUUUCACCCCUACUGAAUAUCUCCUGCAGCGAUUCCUCUUUGGCUGAACUAGUGGACUUCAUCUUGGCUCUGAUGGUCAUCAUGGUGCCUCUGUGUACUGUGGUCACCUCCUAUAUUUGCAUCAUGUUCACCGUGUUGAAGAUCCCUUCUUCUCAGGGGAGGCAAAAGGCCUUUUCCACCUGCAGCUCCCACUUGACUGUAGUGAUAUUGUUCUACUCCACCACUCUAUUCACUUAUGCCCACCCUAAGGUCAUGUAUAACUACAGUGCUAACAAGUUGGUAUCAGUCUUGUACACGGUCGUUGUGCCACUUCUGAAUCCUCUCAUAUAUUGUCUUAGAAACAAAGAAGUCAAGUUUGCCCUGCAGAAGACCUUACUUGCACAAGACACACCUAAGAAAUCAACAAAAGACUUCUGGAGUAGGAGCUUUGCUCAUGCAGAUCAACUGGCAGUGCUGAUGAACUACAGUCAGGAGGUCCAGACCUUGAUCCACGCUGAAGUGAAACUCUCCUAUUCAUGCACCAAGUAA